UGGCAUCCACCCUUCAUGCUCCUACUCCCUGCCAUGUUUCCCACCGUCACCAACUCCACAUGGUCUGCAUUCUGUACCGUACCCAGUAGAACUGAGCUGAGUGGUUCUGACCCGCUCUCUGUGACUGUUCCAGCUCAGGCUCGGGUGAGCGACUCCAUGCUGGCCGAGACCAUGAUCGGUAAGGCGGUGGAGCACAUGUUCGAGACAGAGGAAGGUCCCAAGGAGGAGUGGCGGGGGAUGGUUCUGGCUCGGGCCCCUAUCAUGACAUCCUGGUUCUACAUCACCUAUGAGAAGGACCCGGUUCUGUACAUGUACCAGCUGCUGGACGACUACAAAGAGGGAGACCUGCGCAUCUUGCCCGACUGCAACGACAAUAUGGCGUCAGAGCGGGAACCUGGCGAGGUGGUGGACAGUCUGGUGGGGAAGCAGGUGGAGUACGCCAAAGAGGGUGGCGGGAAGCGUUCGGGAAUGGUGAUCCACCAGGUGGAGGCCAAGCCCUCCGUCUACUUCAUCAAGUUCAACGACGACUUCCACAUCUACGUCUACGACCUGGUCAAGACCUCCUAGGAGCCCAGAAAGUUCCAGGACAGCAGCCGGAUUUCAGGGCAUCCAGAGAGACGAGUUGUGUGGCGCCGCGUCCUCAUCAGUCAUUAUUCUUUAAAGUUUCACCUGGUUCCGCUGAGACUCGUCACAAACAUCAUAAACCUUUGCGUCGGUCCGGACCUGCAGACAGAAUCCAGGGGAACCGCCCGUUUCCUGAAACCGAGCUGGACCCCCUGUGGUUCUGAGCUCAUGGGGUUAAUGAAGGGAGCGGCCCAGACCAGAACUCCUGCUUCUGGUGCCGGACGCAGCGGGUCAGCUGCUGGGGUUCUGUUUCCGGGUCCAGUAAAGACGUUCCCUGUAAUUAAGCAUUCGGUUCGGACCGGCGCCGCUCUGAAUACAUUUGUGCCAAAACGACCUUCACAUAGUUGAACUGUUUAAAUGUUCUGAUCCAAACCACAGAUUGUUCUGCCCAGAACCAUCCUGGAUUAUUUUCCACAUGUGUCACCGGUUCCGGUAUGACCCAAACCCCCCCCCAUCUGUAUAAAAACGGACACCAGUCUGUUCUGGACCCUCUCUGAGAUUCUGUUCUGGUCCAGACUUGUUCCGUCUGAAGUUCUCGGGUCGCCGUUGACUGAACGGUACCGGUUCCUCUGUGUUUCUGUUCUGUCAAAGCUGCUUGGUUCCCGGCCGGAGAAAGGAGGUUCUGGAUCUCGUAGGAAUGGAGCCGGUUCUGGGACCUGUGUGGUGCUGGCAGGUCCGGGCCGGUGUUUGGACCGCCUCCUGGUCUCUGUAGCUCUUAUGAUCCGUUUCCUGGUGCCGUGUUGCCUGAUCCAUAUCUCACGUGCCUGAAGGGUCCGAUCUAGAAGGUUCUGCUGGCCGGCGGAGAACAUCUCUGAUCCAAUCUGAUCCAGGAGCUUCGGGUUUCAACCGUUUCUAAUUUUAGAAUCUAGAUUCCUGAUCUGUUCCUUUUGGUUCCUCAGAAGCUGCAGUUCUGGUCCAGACCCGGUUCAGAAAACGCCUUUUAACAGCUUAGACCUUUACUUUUGAUUCGUAGAAAUAAAAUCUGUCAACCCAGAACCAAACGCAGAGUUCUAGAACCGGCGGGCCGUGGUUCUGAACAGAAUCAAGGUAAAGAUAAAAGCUGCUUCUAGAGCUGUGGCUCUAGGAACCAGAAUCUGGUUCUGAUCUGGUUUGGACCUAUUAACCGUUCCAGAGCAAAGGAACAGCCGGGUCGGGUCCGGAACAGCUGGAUUCUUCUGAGACCAGUUUAUCGGCUGAUAUCUGGUAGCAAACUUUAAAAUCUGUUUUAUUUUGGAGAGUUAUUUUUUUUACUUCCUGUUGGACCCAGAACCUUCCCAGUUCUUGUUUUAGUGGAAAUUCUGAUGUUUCUUCAUUUCCAUGUUUCUCCAGGUCCAUUCAGGUUUUUAACCUUGAAACAUCUCAUCCUGCCUUCCUGACCUUUGACCUUUAAAGUCACCAGAAAUCCAAGCCUUUUAAAACCAACAGAAGUGAACCUGAAGCUCCUGGCUUCAUCGGUCGCCUUGAAAGUGGAACUUUAGUUUCCACAGAGAACCAGGAUUUAUAGAUCUGAUGCAGUUCUAUAAUGACUGAAUCUAUAAACGUAUCUCUGCUCUAGAAGUGGUUGUUUAACCUCAGCUUUAUUCGUUGGAGGAUUAGAGCUUUUAUUUCCUUGAUCGCGGUUCGGAUCCUAGAACUUGAGGUAAAAUCAAAGUGCUUGUGACGUCUUGUUUUGUAAUUCUAGAACAGAUCUGACUUCCAUCUGGAUGUUCUGGGAGAACCUUGAAAUAACAAAAUCUACAUAGUUUUCAUUUCUUACAGUGACUGAAGAUGUUUUAUUGAAUGAUCCGUUCUUGAAGAGUAUUUAGUUCUAGACGCCAGUUUCGAUGCAGCUUUUUUUUAAUCCGUUCUCUAAAUAAUUUUCCGUUUCUUGACAUCGUCAACAUUUUCCACUACAAGCAGCUCUGCUGCAGCUGGAAACCAGCUGAAAGGAUCCAGAUGUUCUGUCAGGACUCGUGGAGAAAACAUGCUAGCAGCACUGACUCUCCUUCCAUUUGGUUCUAGAAAGUAGAUCUAGAAUCCACCCACUGCUGCUCUAGAAUCACUGGGGAAUGUGAACCGUAACGCCCCCUAAAGGCAGAUGUGAUGUUUGAGGAUAAAACAGGGUCCGUUUUUGUUUUUUUUCCAGAAAACGUUGGAUCUGUGGUGUGAUUGGUUGUGUGCACCGUGGCUCCGCCUCUGUUCAGAUAGUGUUACUGCAUGCCUUAAUAACCGACGUUUGUCGCAUGUUUGUAGUUUUUCGGUUGUUCGGUCCAGGCCUGUCUGCUUUUGGUGCCUCUUGUUUUAUUUUUACGUUUCCUGGUUUAUACUGUUAGCCCCGCCCCCUGAGCAGAGGCGACGUGAAGAUGGCUGUAAAUUUGAUGUUUCAGGGUGCCAACUACAGAUGCCAGUGUUGUACAGCGAUGGAGAGCUCGCUUUAUUUACAUGAAUAAAAACCUGUUUUUCAUACGA